AUGCGCGUUCAGGCAUUGGGCGCCGCAUUUUUGGUUGAGGUCGAAGCGCGACACCCCGGCGGCCACUUUCCGCCCGACAUUCUCUGGCGAAGAAUUUUCCAGUCGAGGCUUAGGCCGGCGUGGCAGAUGCUGCGACGUGAAGGGAUCGUCUUUUCGGACCUUCAGAGGCCUACGCUGGCUGAUGUUGUGUUUUUUGGACUAUGCUCGCCGAGCGGGGCGCAUGAAGCGCAUGCUGGUGAGCUUGCGCUAGUGCGGCCUUUGUCGCUGAGCCUGCUGCGCCAGCUGGCAACUUGGGUAGACGGCAAGAUGUCAGAGCUAUCUCUUGAGCAGCUCAGCUACCACUUGGGCAUGGAGAAGAACCAAGCUAGGCAGCAGGUGGCACUGAGGGCGGCAGUCACCGUUGCUGCCAUGCACUACCUGCAGGAGAAUGAAGACCACGGCAGCACAAUUCGGUCUAUUCUGGACAAGCACCAGCUGUCGCAUGUGACGCCAUCUUCGUUUGCUUGGAAGCUUUGCGUGACCUACUGGUCCAGAUGUCGGGCCGAACUACAGGACCUCAAAGUGUUUCACGCAGGGUGCCCGAAUUUUGCUGUGGAUGAUACGGACUACACAUCGAAUGGCGCUUUCACGGCUGAGCUAUCUUUGGCAGCGCUGUCCAAUAUUAUCAACAGUUCCUAUGCACUCACGCUGCCUGUCCACUUUCGGCCAGUGUCCUGCCACGAGACUGAUGACAGCUGUCGACAGCUGAUCGUUGACCACUUCGCAUGGGUGCGCAGGGCAACUGGUGCCGCCUGCCGAAGCCCCUGCAUAUUUGGUGACUUGGAAGACUGUGUUGCCAGGGACACGUACAGUGCCGAUGACUCAUUUCUCGAGAAACUGAGAAAGGUUGACGCAGCCAGAUUUUUCAAGAAGCAGUACUGCUACACGCACAAUGCCUUCUGCGACCUGCUCGGGCCCUCUGCCCAGGCAGAUCUCGAGGUAGCUGGCCUGCCGUGCUGGGACAUGAGUGUGUCAGGCAAGAGACUGCAGGAGAACGGAAGGACCGCAGGAGUGUUUCUCUGCCACGCGAAGCGGCAAGUGGAGCAGCAGACGCCGUUGAUUCUGAUAGAGAACACAAAGGCUUCAAAAGCGACGGAGGUGUCCUGGGCCCUGACGGCAAGGGAGGCAGAAGUGGCUGCUGCCCUGGAUAAGAAGUAUCGUAAGCGCUAUGGCCGGGAACCUGCCAAGGACCCGAAUCUGAUCUAUCAUCUGGGAGACAGCGCUAGGUACUGUAACUGGAGCGGAUGCUCGGGACGCUUGCCCACCCUCCGAAAAUCUUCGGGCAUCAUGUGGUCCCCGUGUUUGGGGAGAGCUAUGACAAGUCGUGAAAAGCUGGCCUCCCUGGGCUUCCCCGUGACGCCAGAAACAGCAGCCGCCAUGCAGGUUCCGGAAAUCCCGGUCUUGGAUGUAGCCCGUGCCUCGCAAGUGGUCGGGAAUUGCAUGCAUUGGACUGCCGUAGGCGUCGCUCAGUUAGAUGGUCAAAAGAAUCAGUUGUUGCUUUGGUGCUUGCUGUGCCCUUCCGAAUGUGGAGCGAAGCUUAUAAGUGCAGGCGUCCCUCCACCAGGGGAGCUCAUGGCGCCCAGCGGUAGCAAGCACGUACCCCGUGCACCAUCAAUGAUGUCGGUGCGUGGGCCAAAACGUGCGGCGGUGCCGGAGCCAGCCGAGUCUGUUGCUCCUUCCUCACGCAUGCGUGCCAAGAGCUCUUCCACGGCAGGCAUCAAGUGGCCCGGCGGCGCAGAGCCCGAUUUGGAACCAGAAGACGAGGACGACCAGUUCAAGGCCGAACCCAAGAGGAAGCCAAAAGCUUCUUCUUCUGGAAAGAAAGGACUGGAACAGCCUUAA